AUGGCACUCAAAGGUUUUAGAUAGUUUAUCAGCGGUUUUGAUAUCUAUGGUCAUCAGAUUAAGCUACUUUACAAUGGUGAAGACACAAGAAAAUCACUAGUAGGAGGAAUUUUAAGUUUGAUCUCGAUCGGACUUAUGCUUUGGUACUUUAUCGUAUAAAUCAUGGAUAUCGCUUAAAAUAAAGCAAGUAUUAAAUAAGCCCAAAACCCUAUAAAUAUUGCUUAAGCAGAUAUUACAAUGGACAAAACUAACUUCGAUCUGGUCUUCUUAAUUAAUACUUAGAGACCAAUGAAUGUGUAAGAAAUCUACACAUAUAUCGACUUCAAUGUGUACUUUAAAAGUGAAGAAUUCAUUGUUAAUGAUGAUGGUGAACUCGAAUUAAAAUCUUCAGUCAACAAUUUACAGAUGUAUUAGUGCCCCUAAGAUAGAAUGUUUAACAGUACCCUUUACAGAAAUUUUACAAAGGCUAUUAAUUUAUCAAAUGGACUUUUUAUUUGCUUAGAUAAAAAUGAAAAGUUUAAACUUAAAGGUAGAGAAAAUGCUAUAACAUUUUAGAUUGACAAAUGUGAUUAAACUUUUCUCGAUAGUUAUUAUCCUGGUACAAAAUGUGUAAUCAAAGAAAACUUACUAUCUGAUUUUCUUAAUAAUACAAAGCUCUUUACUUUCACAUCCCAAUAAUACUUUGACUUUGAUGAAUUUGAAAAUGAUCCGAUUAAAGUUAAUGUCCAUGUGGAUAAAUUUAACUUCUAAUAUUAUAGUCAAUAUGAGCUUACAUAUGAUAUCUUACUAAAUAAGGUCACAGGAACAGAUAAUAAGCUUCAUGAAUAAUUUGAAUAGUUUGAUAAAUCGUUCAUCAGCACAAAAAUAAGCCAAGCAAAAGUUCUAGAUAGAAAUAAUAAAGGCCCCGCUUACUUCGACAUAAAAUUCUAAGUGUUGAAUGAGUAGAAUAUAAUAGAAAGGCAAGCUAAUAACUUUGUUUAAGCCUUAUCAAACGUUGGAGGUCUUGCAGGAAUAAUUUUUGGAUUCCUAGCUAUUUUAAUAGCUCCUCUUUAAGAGUUUUUAUUCUAUUAGAGCUUGCUCAAAAAAGCUUUCCUUGUUGAAAAAAGUAAAAUCUAAAAGGAGGAAGGAAAUUAAGUUCAUUAGAGUAGAAAAAAUAGUCAAGAAAACAGACAUGAAAUAAAAAAAACUUUGGAAAACCCAGAUUUUCAUACAUAUUUAAGGUUGAUAAGGAAACUUAAUGAUAGAAUUCCAUUUUUCUACUCUAUUAAAACUGCAAUUAAGUAGAAGUUCUAACAAAUAUUCUGUUGCAAGAAACAAAGAUUCUAGCAAGAAUUAUUUGAGCUAGGCAAGGAACUGAUUGAAAAGUAAUUUGACAUAUCAAAUAUCCUUAAAGAUCUAAGAUCAUUUAAAAUGAUAAAUAGUGUGUUAUUAUCUAAGUUUUAAAGAAAACUAAUCCCUAAUUUCAAGAAGUAUUUGCUAACCUAGAAACUUUAUCAUUAAAGAUAAAAAGAGAGAGAAAAUAAAGAGCAAAGUUAAUUGUAAAGGGCUAAUAAAUCUGUGAUAAAGUCAAGUCCAGUAACAUAGCUAAUGAUUGAACUUUUUGGACAUAAUAAGAAUCCAUAGAAUGCUUAUAACUAGAUAGUGAUUGAAAAGAUCUUUAUGGGAAAGGACAAAACAUAAAAAGAUUUAAGCGCUUAAUUAUAUACUGGACUUCUUAGAUAAUUCAUCUAGCUCAAUAUUGAUAAUGAAUUUGAGGAAAAUAAGAUCUAAGGUCCUUUAAAUCAAGAAACAGUUUCAUAUGGAGUCGAUAUUUAUGAUGGUAGAAAUGAUGGAAACAGGGCGAAUAAAGUAGAAUAAUAAUUUUAACCGCAACAAAUAAUUCGCAAGAUUACAACCAGCAGAUAUAACAGCGAUGACGAGAAAGAAGAUGAGGUAAGUGUGCUAAAAAGAGAUGUGAAUCCAACAAUGAGAACUAAGUUAGCUCCCAUAAAUACAUUUUAAGUAGAUAAAAAUGCUGUUGAUAAACAUUAUAAAUGA